AUGGCAGGUGCUGCCUGGGAGGAAGGGCCAGCGAGCAGGAUUCACAAGGUUGCUUCCCCCAUGACUUGCUGUGAGCCUCUGAAGUCCAGGAGAGAGAAUGUCUGCUGUGGGACCAAUAAAGAUGGCCUCCGCCUACAGACGUUGCUGCUUAAACUGCUGGGCUCCAAAACCCUUGGCCGUACCUCGGCAUACUGCUUUGUAGGCGUUCUGUCACUGAAAACGUGUCUGCCUCAGGUGCAGUAUGGCGCUUAUGUGAACGUAGGUGGUCUUGGCUCUGUUAUCAAGCUGAUGUUUGCCGGCCUUUUAUUUCUUCUUCUUGUGAAGUUUAGCUUUGGAAGAAAACUUCUGACAAAAUACCCGGAAUUUUUCUCUGCUGGACGCUUCACAAAGAAAGGACCAACCCAGAAGCAGAUGGAUGGAACCUCUUUUACAAUGACUUUUUUUGGCGAGGGUUACAGUGAGGGGCAAGAUCCCCAGAAUGGCAAACCAAACGUAAAGAUCUGCACUGAAGUGAAAGGACCAGAGCCUGGCUAUGUUGCUACACCAAUUGCGAUGGUUCAAGCAGCUGUCUCUCUUCUGGAAGAUGCAGCUUCUCUGCCUAAACGGGGUGGUGUAUAUUCUCCGGGAGCUGCCUUCUUUAAAACAAAAUUGAUUGAUCGCCUCAACAAGUGUGGCGUUGAGUUCUCUGUUAUUAGCAAGCCUGAAGUCUGAAGUCAAAAUGUAACUGUAUGAACUAACACCUUUCCUGGGACUAACUCCAAUAAAACUCAUUUGGCAGUAAA